AUGGGGCAGCGCGGCACGCGGGGCCGGGGCGCGGAGGCUCGGCGGGAGCCCUGCGCCCCGCUGCCCGCCCGCGACGCCGAGCCCGGCUGGUGCAAGACGCCGAGCGGGCACAUCAAGCGGCCCAUGAACGCCUUCAUGGUGUGGUCGCAGCACGAGCGCCGGAAGAUCAUGGACCAGUGGCCCGACAUGCACAACGCCGAGAUCUCCAAGCGCCUGGGCCGGCGUUGGCAGCUCCUCCACGACUCCGAGAAGAUCCCCUUUGUCAAGGAGGCCGAGCGCCUGCGCCUCAAGCACAUGGCCGACUACCCCGACUACAAGUACCGGCCCCGGAAAAAGGGCAAGGUGGGCGCCGGCGCGUCCCGCCCGCGGUUGCCGGUGAAGAUCAAACCCUCCGUGCUGGGCCGCGGCUCCGCCGGCCGCAGGCAGCCCGCCAAGCCGCCCGACGCCACGCAGGAGCCCGCGCCGGAGGUGCCCGUCGAGGACUGCCCCACGGCGCCCGGCACGGCCGCCUGGCACGUGGCACCCACCGGGGAGCGCGGCCCGCAGGAGCCCCCCGCACCCCCCAGCCCCGCCGCCGCCUGCCCCGAGCCCGGGAGGUCCCCGGAGAGCGGGUCCCCCUCUCCCGUGUCGGCCGCGUCCCCUCCCUCCUCCUUCAGCUCCUCCGAUGAGGAGCUGGAGGAAGAGCUGCUGGGCGUCCUGCCCGGGCGGGCCCCCGCCGGUGCCACCUGCAGUGCCCUGGACUGGUCCGUCUUCGACAAGGACCACGACCUCUUCCCGCGGGGAGGCUCCUCGCACUUUGAGUUCCCGGACUAUUGCACGCCCGAGGUGACGGAGAUGAUAGCGGGGGACUGGCUCAUGUCCAGCAUCUCGGACUUGGUCUUUACCUACUGA